AUGGCUAAAUUUAGAGUUGGUGAUUUCGUGAGAUUGAGCAAAUAUCGAACCACGUUUGAUAAAACCUAUACUCCCAAUUGGACAACAGCAAUUUUUAGAGUUAGAAAAGUUCAAUAUAAUACCGAUCCAAUCACGUAUCUGCUCAAAGAUUGGAGCGAUCAAGAAAUCCUAGGUUCUGUAUAUGCAGAAGAGCUUCAACACGUCAGAAAUCCUGAUGAAUAUCUCGUUGAGAAGAUACUUCGUAAGAGAAAUGGACAGGUGUACGUGAAAUGGCUUGGUUUUGAUGAUGAAUAUAAUUCUUGGAUUCCAGAAAGCGAUUUAGUUAACUAA